UAACACCCCAAAGUUGCGCACACUGUAGUACACUACGCUGGUGUCCUUCUCCAAAGCGCUGGCAUCCUCCCGCGGUAAUUCUUACGAACCAAAAUACAAUCAGAAAUAGAACCCGGGAAAACUAGGGUUAUCUUAAGCUGAGUUCGAACUUAUACGUUCCUAGAAGAAGAAGAAAAAAUGGCGGAAACAAUUUGCAGAGCUUUACGAGAUGGAUCUUUAGCAGGAGAACACGCACCAGCAUUAACGAUAAAGGAUUCAAUUCCUAGUCCUUUCGGUUUUGAUGCUUUCACUCAUUUUCUCUGCUCUCUUUCCUCUAAUAUCUGUGCUGGAAAAUCUCAAUCUCAAGGUAUUGUGCUGAUUGCAUUCACUAAGAGUCCAUCUUUCUACUUUGAUUUGCUGAAAAGUAGAGGAAUUGAUGCUUCCUCUUCUUCUAAAUGGCUUAGGAUACUGGAUUGUUAUUCUGAUCCACUUGGUUGGAAAGAUGGGGUUAGUGUUAGCUCUUCGACGGGGACUCUUUGUAAAAACGUGAGGGAUCUAGAUGGGUUGUUUUCUUCAGUUGUUCAACUCGGAAAAGAAAUUGUAGGACCAAGCAAAGCUCGGUUUUCUGUUGCCAUUGACUCGGUAACUGCAAUGUUAAGACACGCAGCAUUAUCUUGUGUUUCGGGGCUUAUAAGCAACCUCCGCAGCCAUGAUUAUGUUUCUUGUGUCUUUUGGUUGAUCCACUCAGACCUACAUGAAGCCAGGACCAUUGCAGUUCUUGAAUAUAUGUCAUCUAUGGUUGCCAGCUUGGAGCCGAUGACUAUAGCUGCAAAGGAACAACGAAGCAAUUCAGAGAGUAUUUUUUCUCUGAAACAGUACUCCAGAAAAGGGAAGUUUCAUCUUCGAUUGAAGCGUCGAAAUGGAAGAGUCAAAGUGCUGAGCGAAGAUUUUCAUGUUGAACAAGCAGGCAUCAAAUUUUCUGUUAAUUCCUUAACAAAUGAUAUUGUCAGUCAAAGCCUUUUGCCAAAGGUUCAGUUUAAUCUCCAGCUAUCAGAGAAAGAACGGUCUGACAGAGAAAAUGUUAUACUUCCUUUUGAACAUCAAGAAAUGGGUAAAACUACUGAAAUUUAUGAUGGACGGAGGUCACUUUCUAAUUACGCAACUGAUUUAAGUACUACAUCUGCUUCAAUCUCUGAGAAGCGGCAUUCCGAGGCCAAUAUUGUUGGAAAGGGUGAAAUUCAUUACUUGCGAGACUCUGAUGAUGAAGAGACGCCAGAUUCUGACGAGGACCCAGAUGACGAUUUGGACAUAUAAUUAGGUGACUCUUCAUGCAGGUACAGAAGACCCCUUCCGAUUCCGUUAAUAAUCUCGAACCGUGUUUUCCAAUCUAGCGUUGCUCGCUUCUCCUCAUCUGUUGCACAAUCAAUCAUUCAAAGCGAGUCAACACGAAUGAUAUUGGUAGCCAAAAUGAAAACAAGGAAAGAAGAGAGGGGGGAUAGGGUAGGGAUACCGAACCAAAGAGAAAGUAGUCAAGGCUCUUGUUUGACAGAUACUCAUAGACCAACAUCUUCUCAGGACCUUCUAUGCAGCAGCCUAAAAGUCUAACCAAGUUUCUAUGUU